UGUAAAUAACAAAAAAAACAACAUUCAAUGUUAAUUAUUCACUAUUGUUUUUUUGUCCCUUUUUUUUAACAAAUUAAUUGUAUUACUCGAGUUACAACGAUGUGUCCUCUAAGACUCGCAACUUUACACUGAAUUCGCAUAUGUGGCUCGUGGCUCACAUCGGCCAGCGCGCAAUGCUGCGUAAGCAUUCCGAUCCGGACACCGACUUAUGUGCUAAUAAUUUCUUACAUCUCCCCCAUUAAAAUAGAAAUUUUGGUACAAAAUUUCAGUAGUAAAUUACAUAUAAGAUCAGGUUACACGUUGUUUGUAUUUGGGAUGUUCGGAGUCGGAAUAAGUUUAGAGAUAUGAAAUAAGUUUGAUUCUGAUUUCCUAUGUCCUGUAUCAAUUUCAUACAUUGAUGUCGAUAUUUUCUUUAAAAUUUUGUAUGGUCCAAUUCUUAAUUCAUCUAAUUUUCUUCGGUUUAAUCGGUUUCCAUUUUCAACAUACACCAAGUCCCCAACAUCAAAAUUAUAAUCUUUCCUAUUUUUACCAUAUAAACUUUUAUUAUAAUUGUGGUUCCUUAUGCUAUUUUCAAGAGCCUUUAUUCUAUCGUUUUCUAGGGCAUUACCGUCUUCUCUAACUAAUUCUCAAUUUUUUUGGUAAUAUCGCAGUAUUUUCCCCUUGUAAUAAAUAUUUUGGACUGAACUUAGUGACUGUGUGUUCUGUUUCAUUAUAUUUAUCUACACAGUUGUGCGCAACAGUUGUCCAUGCUAAUUUAUUAUUUUCAUCAUUGAUUGUGCAUCUGAUUUUAUUGACUAAAGUUUGAUUAAGUCUUUCAUUUAGGCCAUUAGAAAACGGUGCAUUUACUGCUGUGAAAAUCAUUGUAAUAUUAUUUUUUUCUAGAUAGAUUUUAAAUUCUCUAGAAUUGAUACCUGGGUAUUGAUCUGUUAGAAUCAUUUGUAUUUCGUGUUCUUUUAGCAAGUUUCCUGUCAAUUUUAUAAAAUCAUUGGCAUUUUGUGUUUUCGACGUUAAUAUGUAAGCGAAUCUUGUGAAAUGAUCAACAAGAAGAUGUAGAUAUUUUUUUGUCGAUCGUGAACCACCGGAUCAACCUAUGGUGUCUAUGGAAACUAUUUCGAGUGGUUUUUUUGCGGGACCAAGAUGAGACAUUAAUCCAAUUUUAUCUUGUCCUUUUGACUUGUUUUUUAUACAAAUUUCGCACUCUUUACAUAUUUCUUUUAUAUGUUUUCAAAUAUUUUUCGCUGUAUAAUAUGGUAAGUCUUUGUUUUGCAUAUGAUUUACACCAAUGUGACAGAAAGUUUUAUGAGUGUCUCUAAUAAAGUUCUUACAAAAUUCCUCUGACAGUAAAAUUUUCUCUUUCUUUCGAGUUUUUUUAUAAUACACAUUAUUUCUUAUAAGUAAUCUAUCUUUGUUAGAGAUUAUACAUGAUUUUUCUUUUGAUCAUCAAGAAUGUCUUCUAUUCUUAUCAAAUUCACAAUUUUUAAUUGUUCAUAAUCGUUUUCUUGCGGUUCUAACACUGGAUUUCUACUCAAACAGUCUGCUUCUAAAUUAUCUUUGCCUGGGCGGUAUAUUAUUUGAAAAUCAUAUUGUGAUAAGUAAUAAGUGAGGUCACCUAACUCUUCAUCUGUUCUAGAUUUGAUAUUCAUUUUUUUGAGUGGUUUGUGGUCAGAAAAUACUUUGAAUGAUCUGUUUAUAAGCCAGUGUUGCCAGUAUUUUACUGAUUCUUUAAUUGCUAAGCAUUCUAGAUAAAAAGCUUUCUUUCUCUUUUGUGACUCAUUUAAUUUUUUUGAAAAAUACGCUACUGGUUUUUCAAUUUUGUUUGGUUGUGGUUGUUUUAAUACAGCUCCUAUUCCUUGCAAACUUGCGUCUGUAUAUAUAGGGUGAUUUUUUAAGAGCUUGAUAACUUUUUAAAAAAAAAAAACGCAUAAAAUUUGCAAAAUCUCAUCGGUUCUUUAUUUGAAACGUUAGAUUGGUUCAUGACAUUUACUUUUUGAAGAUAAUUUCAUUUAAAUGUUGACCGCGGCUGCGUCUUAGGUGGUCCAUUCGGAAAGUCCAAUUUUGGGCAACUUUUUCGAGCAUUUCGGCCGGAAUAGCCCGAAUUUCUUCGGAAAUGUUGUCUUCCAAAGCUGGAAUAGUUGCUGGCUUAUUUCUGUAGACUUUAGACUUGACGUAGCCCCACAAAAAAUAGUCUAAAGGCGUUAAAUCGCAUGAUCUUGGUGGCCAACUUACGGGUCCAUUUCUUGAGAUGAAUUGUUGUCCGAAGUUUUCCCUCAAAAUGGCCAUAGAAUCGCGAGCUGUGUGGCAUGUAGCGCCAUCUUGUUGAAACCACAUGUCAACCAAGUUCAGUUCUUCCAUUUUUGGCAACAAAAAGUUUGUUAGCAUCGAACGAUAGCGAUCGCCAUUCACCGUAACGUUGCGUCCAACAGCAUCUUUGAAAAAAUACGGUCCAAUGAUUCCACCAGCGUACAAACCACACCAAACAGUGCAUUUUUCGGGAUGCAUGGGCAGUUCUUGAACGGCUUCUGGUUGCUCUUCACCCCAAAUGCGGCAAUUUUGCUUAUUUACGUAGCCAUUCAACCAGAAAUGAGCCUCAUCGCUGAACAAAAUUUGUCGAUAAAACACAUUUCGAACCGAACACUGAUUUUGGUAAUAAAAUUCAAUGAUUUGCAAGCGUUGCUCGUUAGUAAGUCUAUUCAUGAUGAAAUGUCAAAGCAUACUGAGCAUCUUUCUCUUUGACACCAUGUCUGAAAUCCCACGUGAUCUGUCAAAUACUAAUGCAUGAAAAUCCUAACCUCAAAAAAAUCACCCGUUAUAUGUAUCGGCAGGUCUGGAUCAAAAAUAGCUAACACAGGUUGUGUACAAAGGAAAUUUUUCAUGUAAUCAAAAGCUUUUUGACAGUCGUCAGACCUAUUGAAUUUUUGUCCUUUUCGUAAUAAAUUAUGCAAAGGUUCUAGUAUUAUUGAGAUUUUCGGCACAUAUUCAUUAUAAAAAUUGAUUUUUCCUAUGAAUUGCCUCAUAUUCUUUUGAUUUUUCGGAUUUGGAAAAUUUCGAAUUGAAAUCAGAUUAUUAUCGUUUAAUGGUGAAAUUGAGUUAUAUUUGAUAAUAUGACCUAAAUAUUGAACAGAGUCUAAUGCAAAAGUACAUUUUGAAAGUUUUAAUCUAAAUCCUUCUUCUAGUAUUGCUUCCAAUAGUUGUGACAAAUGAUCUAUAUGUUCUUUGAAUGAUUUUGAAAAAAUUAAUAUGUCAUCAAUGUAGUUUACUGUGAAAUUUGAUAGAUUGUGUUUUCUUAUUAUAUUGCUCAAUAUUCUUUGAAAUAUCGCUGGCGAAGUUUUCAACCCGAACGGUAAGCAAGUCCAUUGAAAUUGCCCCUCUUGGGUUACAAAUGGGGUUUUUCUUCUAUCUUCGAUUCUUAAUGGAAUAGACCAAAACGCUGAAUUUAUAUCAAGUUUUGAAAAAUAUUUGCAGUUUCUUGUUUUUAUAACCAAAUCAUCAAUCAAUGGGAAUGGUUGUGAUUGAGGAACUACUAUUUUAUUCAAAUCUCUAAAAUCUAUGCAUAAUCUUGAUCUUUUAUUUUCAUCUCUUUUAUAUGCUAACGUAACUGGAGCAGCAAAAGGACUAUAUGAUUCUUCUAUUAGAUUUCUUUUAAGUAACUGUGAUAUUUGUUCUUCUAUUUCUUUUUUAUCUUCAAUUGUGCAUCGAUAAGGCCGUUUGCUACAAUAUUUAUCAAUUACCAGAUCUAUUCUGGCUUCAUAAUCUUUCACAACGCCUAUAUCGUAUUUAUCUUUUGCAAAUAUAUUCUUAUAUUUAUCUAUAAGAUUCUGUAUUAUUUUCUCUUCAUAAUAAUUCAAGUGAUUUGUUAAAACAUUAAAACUGUCCAAAUCUACAUGUUCAUUGAAGUUUAUUUCAUGUGUAUAUUUCUUUAUGGGGUUAGAGCUUUUCCGUUCUAUUUGUAGUUUUUCAUUUUGAAUCAAUUUGAACUUCUGUAUGCAAUCCAAUCCUAUCAGAAAAUCAUAUUUAAAGUUUUCACUAUCAAUUAUGAAUACAUCAAUAUAGUUUUCUAUAUCCAGUAUUCUUGCUUUGAUUUUUAUCAGUUCUUCUGACUUGUACACACCAUUAAUGGUUCUUAAGUUAACUUUUUGUUUCAAAUCAGAUCUCUUUUGUUUUAAUUGAACUAAUUUUGAAUUUAUUAAUGAAACAUUUGAGCCUGAAUCAUAAAUAGCGUUUAUCUUCAAAGUAUCAUUCAAAGUUAUCUCAAGUCGAAUUAAUGGUGGGAUUAUUAGUUUUUUGGAUUAUUAUCACUUAAUUCUACUUCUAAAACUGAAUUAUUGACAUGUUUCAUUUUUUUUCCUCAUUCUUGAACCAACAUUUAGCUUCUGGAUGGAAUCGUGAACCUUUACCUUUGCUUUUGCAUAUUUCACAUGGUACUUUCUCUGAUUUUUCUUUAUUUAUAUAAUUCUUACUUUUAAUCCCAUUUGUACUCUUUUUCUGAACCAAAUGUUCCAAUUUCCCUAUUUCACUAUAUAACUCUUCCGUCUUUGUUAAUUUUUCUCUGUCAAUUCUAUCAGCUAUAAAAUUCGGCAAACCAAGAGCAAUCAGAUCAAUUAAUGUCCCAAUAUCAAUAGAUUUUCUUACUUCUAAUAACAAUUUUUCUUUUCUUAAUGCAUAUUCUAGAAGAGUACCAGUCUGAUAUUUAAAUUGCAUUGCAUAUCUUAUUGAAAACCAUCCCUUAUUUGCAAAUGUAUCACAAAAAUUAUUUCUCCAAUCGAUCCAACGUGCGUUAACAGUUAAUUUCAAGAGAGUGCAGCUAUACCAAUCUGUAGCACCUUUCUCCAUAAAUUAUUUUAAGAGUUCAAUUCGUUUAUCAUCUUUAGUUACAUCAAAUCUUUCGCAUUCUGUUUCAAAACUAGUCAUCCACUGACCUGCAUUUGAAUUCUUUCCAUUAAAUUUCUCAAUCGUAAAUUCUUUAGCUAUUUUGCCGACAUGUUUUUCUUCAGUUUUUUCUUGUCUUUUUUCAAGCAACUUUUCUAAUACUUGUAUCAAUGAUUGAUUUGAACCAUUUACAAUAUCAUUACUUUCAGUCUCUUCUUUUUCUUCUAAAUAUACAUCUUUGAAUUGUAAAUUAUUUGUUUCAUCUAGAUACACAUUCUUCAAUUCCUUAGUUAAAUCAAUCCAAACUUUCCUAUAUUGCCUUUUUUUACUUAUCGAUUUCUUUACCUUAGUAAAUGCCGGCGUGUUUCUCAAUUCCUCGUGAAAUGCUGAAUCGAGGUAGUUGGGAGGCAAUUCGAAAGUUCGGCCAUCUGGAGUGGCAAUGCUGGUUACGCAUAGUAUUAAUGUCUUUGGUUCAUCUGUAGUAGAUAGCACCGUGAAUGUGAACUGCAGCUUGUCCAUUGUGAAUUGCAACGAGAAUGUUGUUUUAUAAUAAGUAGUGAUAACUACAAGAAUUGUUUGUUGUUUUAUAAUAUGUAGUGAUAACUACAAGAAUUGUUUUUCUGUAAAUAACAGAAUUUUUAUUAUUUUAUACAAACUUAAUUAUACUUAGACUAAAAUAACAAUAUAGAACUUAUCCUACCUGUAAAUAACAAAAAAACAACAUUCAAUGUUAAUUAUUCACUAUUGUUUUUUUUGUCCCUUUUUUUAACAAAUUAAUUGUAUUACUCGAGUUACAACGAUGUGUCCUCUAAGACUCGCAACGUUACACUGAAUUCGCAUAUGUGGCUCGUGUCUCACAUCGGCCAGCGCGCAAUGCUGCGUAAGCAUUCCGAUCCGGACACCGACUUAUGUGCUAAUAAUUUCUUACAUGUAUAAAUUGCAAUUAAAACCGCGCUUUUUAUUUAUUAAAAUAUUCGAUGUCCAAAUGUUUUGAAUUUAGGAACACCUUAAUACGUGGACUUGUACGUGCUUUUGUUUUGUGCAAUUGAGAUCUCGCUGAGGAGAUCAAUGUGUACAUAAGUAUGCACGAAUUGUUAGUGUGCUUAUGAAUAUGCCCUGCAAGACGGAGGUAACAGAUUGCACAAACACAUUGAAACAUUUUCAGCUGUUCACUAACACUGUUACAUUUUCUGGAAUUUUCAAUUGAAUGGGAGAAUACAACAGGAGAGACGAAUGCCCAAUUUUUCAAGAAGAAGAAAACGAAAAGCGCAGUUUAUUUUGGAUUUUAAAGAGAGAAACUAAAAGGCUUAACAAGGAGAAAAAGGAAACAUUUGGAGGAUUCAAAUACAUAUAUUGCGUACAACAAACAAAUAAGAGAUUUUCGACGUGGAUAUUCGAUUCCUAUCAAAUUGUGGUACCGUCAUCAUCGUCUGGCGACCAUGCAGAUAUAAUCCGGAAGCUGGAUGCAAUUGAGACCCGUCUCACUGCCAUUGAGAAGUCCCUAACAGACAAAAUGCCAGAGAAGGCCGAGGUGCAGGCGCAAAGUAAAUUAUUGCGCGAAUGCCGCGUCAUAGCAGCAAAGACGCAUCAUUCAAUUAGCCGCAUAUAAGUUUUAUUAUUAUUACUUAUAUAUAUUAGUUUUAAGUUGUAAAUAUUAGUUUUAAGUUGUAAAUAUUAGUUUUAAGUUGUAAAUAUUAGUUUUAAGAUGUACAUAUUAGUUUUAAGUUGUAUAUAUUAGUUCUAAGUUGAAGUGUCUAAUUUUACUUUUAAAAAUAUGAAUUUUUACAAUUAUAAUUUUUAUACUCAAAUAACUUGUAUAUAAUUUUUCUGCCGAAUGCAAUAAUAAUAGGCAUAUUAUUAAUUUAAUUAAUAUCUGAUUUUGAUUUUAUUAUUAAAUAAAGCAAAAUAAUUUAAAAAAAUGACUUUUAUUUAAAAGAAUUUAAUUUGCUAGAAGUAAAAAUGGGUAACAGAUAAUCUUGUUACUGCUUGUUCUUCCUAACAUGCUUAUAUGUUAAAGGUAACAAACUAAUAACCAAAAUAAUAACACUAACAGAUAUUCGGGUAACAAAUACUUUUUGUUAUCCAUAACACAUGGGUAAGCUAAGCGCUAACAAAAUAAUUUGUUACCCGUAACAUGCUGUGAAGAGAUUUGCUAACAAAUGUGUGUAUUCUGUAAGAACAAGGCAGCAUGCGAUAUUUGCCAUUGGUUAGAGCGAGAUAACCAUUGAACAUUAAAUAGCUAUGUGUUACUUUUUUCCCACUCUCUGAACAAAAGUAACAAAUAUUUUAACGAAUGCAAAAGUGAACACUAACAACUCGUUUACACGUUUGCUAACAACUACCCGUCUUGCAGGGUGCUUUGUUCGUAAGUAAUUGAGAGUUCGUUAGAGAGAUCAAUUUGCUUUUUGUAUGCAGUCCUGCUUGUUUUUGUUUUCCAAAGAACAAGGGGUAUUGCCGGAUAUUGCCCACAGUUUUUAUUUAACCGCGAUUUGAGUAUAUUUUUUAAUUAAAAUUAAGGAAAUUUUAUUUCACAUUACCGCCGUAUUGUAAGUGAAUUUAAAAUUACUUUUUUGGAAUUAUCAGAUUAAUUGAUUUUUGUUUUUUUUUUUUUUGUUUUUAAUAAUUUGCCAGUACUCAAUGUAGGGCUGUGGUCGGCAUUUCAUAGCAAAAUUUUGCAAACUAACUUCACACGUACGCUUACGCUCUAUCGUUCAGUCGUUGUCGAGACAGCAACGAAUUAACAUCACGCAAGACUAUAGGCCUAACUAUAAUAUGCAUAUGCAGCCGUAUGUUACUGUCAAAAAAUUAACGAAAAGCCUGUCAAGUGCAUAAGGAACGGAGAGUAGACUUUUCAAUGACUAUAAUGUACUUACAUGCAGAAGAGAAAAUGGUCAAUAAACAAUUCGUGCUUUGAUUUUAUAUUUCGUCUGGAUUUUGCAAAAAUGACUAGAAAAUUAAAAUAUUUAAAAACAAUUAUAAUGCUUCUUUCUCUGUUAGACGGAAUAUGCAUAUUAACAAAAAUUAGUGAAUUUAAAAAGAAGAGUUCGGUCAUGUUCAGCGAGGGAAAUAAACAGGAAGAGGAGGUAGGAUGGUUUUGUUGUACGAUUCCUAGAAAUGAAGGGGAUUGACCACAUUUUUUUUUUAUAUACACGCGAUUGAAAUAAGAGGCAUAUUUUGACGUAAAAACAUUUCAUUUUUCAGUAUUUUCGACUAAACUUUGUAUAAAACAUUCGUCGUCCUACAUCUUCAAAUUCAAAAUGAUGUAUCUGUUGACAAAAAGCGAAAACAGCUGAUUCCGUACGGAAGAUGCGACCAGUUUCGCAUUUUCCGUAAGCAAAUGACGUUUGAAAAAACUUGACGAAACUUGAUGUAAAGUACAUUAUAGUUGCAACAUACAAUUUGUGUGUAUUCGGACAGUUGCUUACGCUGGCUUAAGCUAGCUUAUGCACAUUAUAGUUAGGCCUUAUAGCGCAAAACCAAAUAUGCCCUGCGAGAAAUACUUUAUGAUUCUAAAUGCCUUUGGUGCCAUGCAAUGCCUUUUAUGUUCCAAGUCUUUUAAAGAUAAUAGGGAAUAUAUCCUUAAAAGUCAUUUAGUUUUAUAUAUUAUAUUUUAAAUUUUGCUUAUAAAAUUUGCUUAAUUUAAAUUCCAAUUUCUCACGUGGCUACUGUUUUUUCGUGCUCACCAACACAGUGACAGAUCCUCUCAUGCCGACCACUGAUGUAGGGUAAGAGAUAGGCGGAUUUUAUAUCGUUAUACUUACAUAUGUAUAUAUGUAGAGCAUUCAAUUUUGUAUAAGAAUAUGACUUUUUUAUUCUUACAAACGAGAAAGUUCAAGAGAAAAAAAAAAUAUUUGUAAAAAGUGGCAAAAUCCCAUGUAAUUUCAAUGGGAAAUGUAUUGUGUUUGGGGCAAGGUUCAUUAUGAAAAUUAAGGGCUUUUUAUGGUCUGAUAUUUUUUUUUAGAUGGAAAACUAAAAGUUUAAGUGGCGUCUCGUCAAAAAUAAUCAAUUUGGUAAAUAACGGACACCCUAAUGAGUAUGUUCGCACUGCAAAAAAGCGCAAAAACGAAAAUGAGUGAUGUGAAGGCACUUAUGCACUUCUGUAUAUAAGUAUAUAUUUUUGUUAUAGAAUUUAGAAUAUACUCGUAAGUAUAUGGAAAGAUAUGUAUGUCUGUUUUUUGUGUUGCUUUUUAUGCUUUGAUUUUAAUUUUUGCCUUCGCUUAAUAAUUUAAAGCAAUCCUGCUUAUUACUUAAUCAAGUAUUGUUGGAGGGUUAAUUGUGUUAAGACCACACGAAGGCAAUCGUACUUAUGUACAUACAUACAGUAGCCAUUCAAUUAAUAUUUAUUAAAUUAUACAUAAAUGUAUAUAUUUAAUGAGUUAAGCGGUAUUGCGUUUUGCUUUUACCGUGUUUAGAAUUUUUUUCUUUUUUAUCAAGCCGUUGAAGCGGCGCUUUAGCAAUACAUAGUAUGUAUUUGCAUAUAAUAAAUUAGAAAGAUCAUAAUACUCUCACUUUGUACUCGUAUGGUAAGCUUUGCAGGAUGUAUGUACAUAUGUGCAUAUGUUAUCGCCUUCUGCUUUUUGUUCUUCUCUCUGAGCUCCAGCUGGCUACCUCCUUCUGCUGUUGUUUGUUCAUUUGUUGUAAUUAUCGCGCCCGUUGUUUUUUUAUGUUAUUGGUGCUUUGGUUUUUCGCGCCCGUUUCUGUUUGUUUUUUUGUUUAUUGAAAUUGUUUUGUAUAUUUUGUUUUUCCAUGCAAUUUGUUUUUGUUUUUGUCACUUAAACUUCUCUUUUAUCCACCGUGAAUCUUUAUAUGUAUAUUUACAUAAAGACACUGCACUGUUCUGCGCUUUCUUUUGUUUCUUGUUUUUUUUUUUUGUUUCUAAUAAAUAAUAAUGUUGGUUGUUUUGUUUUUUGUUCUGAUUGUUCACUGCACUUUUUUGUUUUUGCACUGCACACUUUUAAUUGGUUGUUUUUUGUUUGCGUACUGCACCUUGUAUGUAUGUUUAUACUUUUAUUAUUAGUUUUGUCACUUCACCGUGCUAUUGGUUUUUUACAGUUUUUGACUAUAAAUCUAUAGUGCCUUUCUUUAAGGCUCGAAGGACCAUGUUUAAUUUCGUAACCAGUAGAUACAUAUGUAUCUCUAUUUUUACCCUUUCUAAAUGGUUCUCCCGGGUACACUUGAGUGGUAAUAUAUAAUUUGAUUUAUUAAGAAAAUCUUAAUAUUUCUUACAAAUGUUAUUUUAUUAAGAUUAAAUGUUUACAUGCGUAUAUCGAUGGCACGCCAGAUUGCUGUUGCCGAAAAGCUUACUGUAGCGCGCGGGACGGGGGUGGUAGACGAAGCGGUAGUGCUUACGAGGCGCAGUGGUAAAUCGAAUGUGUUGAUGCUCGGUUGGUAGAGAUCGAAUGUGUCAGCUUCCCCGUUGUCCAUUGCUUUUGUUGGUUGGAUUGGUGCGAGUGUGGUAUGUUAUAAUGUAGUGGCAUCCUGUGGUGAAUUGCGCUGUUUCAUUAGGAUGGGCCAGUUUUAGCGAAUAGAAGGGGUGGAUGCUUAACUCAUUUAAACACACAUAAACGAAAAUUCAAACAUGCCGAAUGGCGUUGUAAUUGCAGUCUUUGGUAUGUCGUGGUAGGCCCGACGCAGAUCAAGUGUGGAAAAAAUUUUGCAACCAUGCAGGGAAUGAGUGAAGUCGUGUAGGUGUGGCAGGGGGUACCUGUCAGGCUCGGUGAUGACGUUUAGUCGCCUGAAAUCCCCACAAGGCCUCCACUCGCCGUUUUUCUUCUUUGUCAUGUGCAGCGGGCUUGCCCAUGGGCUGCGCGAUGGACGACAGAUGCCUGCGUUCAGCAAGAGUUGUAUCACGGCUUUUAACUUCUCGGGAGAUAAACGUCUCGGUUUGGAGAAGACUGGUGAUCCUUUGGUGACGAUAUGAUGCGUGACGAAGUGUUGUGGUUUUUUGACUGACAAGUUUUCCAUCGUGAUGUCUUCGAAUUCCCUCAGUAAAUCUUGGAACGGUUGAUAAACGUUAGUGUAAGAUAAAUUGGAAACUACCUUUUUAUUUUUUGAUAUUAAACACAGUCUGCUGGCGUUUGUGACGUCGUCGAUGAGUUUGCGUUGUCGUAGGUUGACUGCUAAGUUGAAAUGCGAUACAAAAUCAGCUCCGAUGAUGGCUUGUGACACAUCGGCAAUGAUAAAAUUCCAGGAAUAUUGGCGGCGUAGACCCAGAUUUAGGAACAUCGUUUUUUCGCCGUAAGUUUUUAUGGUGGACUUGUUUGCUGCGUAGAGGUAGUUGUUUUUGUCCGGGCAUCUACGUUGUUGCACAUUUUUUGUCUCGAACGAUUAAGCGGCGGUUUUUAUUGUCGAGCCUGUCGUCGACCGCCAUUGACGACAGACUAGUUAGUUUAACUUUUUCACGCAAGGGCUACGACAUUUUUUGGCAUCGCUACCAAAUUUGUGGUGGUACCAGCAUAAACCAUUCGAAUUGUUGUUUUGCAUGCCGAAACGUGACGGAGGACGGUUUCUGCUUCGACUUCUAUGUCGACGAUUUAUGUUCACUUUUAUUGAGGCUAUCUCCUUUGUGAUUUCGGCUAGCUGCCGCUCGACUGCGUGUUGCUGUAUCUGGAGUUUCGACCACGUGUACGUGAGGGGUGUCGCUAACCUCACAUAUUUUGUUCGCGAGCAGGGCAACUUUGUCGAGCGGUUCGUUGCUUAUAGAAAUUAUUAGUCGCAUGUUGGAAGGUAACCGACUCAUCCAAAUGGACUUUAGUAUAUUAUCGUUGAACUCGCUGCCGGCUAGACUUCGCAUUUCGCGCAAGAGCUGUGAUGGACGCAUAUCACCAAGCUCUUGUUCCUGCAGUAGCUUUUUUACACGUUUUUGCUCCGAGUCCGCCAAUUGCGUUAUUAUACGAUUUUUUAGCGUGGUAUACAAUUUACUGUUCGGUGGAUUAAGAAUUAUGUCGCUUAUUUGGGCUAGCACGUUGCUUUCGAUCGCGGCCACGGCGGUGUGGUACUUUGUUUUGUCGCUCGUUAUGCUCACCGAAAUGAAUUGCGACUCGACCUGCGCCAUCCACAGUUCUGGCUUUGCGUGCCAGAAUGGUGGGAUCCUGAUGGAAACUUUGGCCACUUCCACGUUGCGGGUUUGGAUGUCCUCUGCCCAUUGGCCCCGAUGCUGCAAAUUCUGUGUUACUUGGCUUUCCGCUUCCUCUUCCGUCAUUUUUCUUUUUCGUCGGGGUCACCAAUAUGUGGGAUGUCCACAAAAAUGUUGGAUUUAUUUUAAUAUAAAAACUGAUUACAAAAUUUAUAAUGCAAUUGAAAAUGAAAUGGAGAGUGAAAUGAUGAGACGUGCUUGCUGUCGUGAUGAUGCGCCAAGAAGAAAGAAAGAUGGCGGGUCGUCAAGCUGACAGCUUAUGCAUGGGUUGCCAUGUCUAUAAUAUUUCCAGAGUUGCAUUUGGGGUUGCCACAUUACUUUGGGGUUGUCGCAUUACUUAGGGGUUGCCACAAAUUAUAUACAAGCAUUAUAUUGCUUUAAGCUAUAAAAGUUCGUUAAUAUUCGUCAAUAUAACUUACAAUAUUGCGAAAAUUAAACAUCAUUGUUGAUAAAUUUUUAUUUUCUUCAAAUUGUUUCUAUUUUUCAAAAAAUUUGCUAUAAAAUGAAUAUAUUCAUUUAUUUGAUUCUAUGGAAAUCAUUUUUAAGAAUAAAAAUAUUUUUAUAUACAAACAGAAAGAUGAAUUUUAAAUGAAUACUUAUAUCAGUU